GUGGUCGCCGGUCCCCGGCCGGCCGGCCGCUUAGACAAGAGCCGGGUUGCGGAGCGCAGGCGCCCGGCGGCUGCAGCCCGGCGAGGGCCCCUCUGAGGCUGCGGAGGAGGCGCCGCUGCGUUCACUGCAGGUGGGACUCAGCGGGGCGGGGCGCAGCGCGAGCCGUUCCCGGGCGCCUCGGUCCUCGGCGUCCGUGAGUGUUCGGUGGGCCCACGGCCCUGCCCACCCUCUGAGGCCGCGGGCCGCCGCCCGGGCACCAUGAAGGCCGCAGGGUUUUCCUCGAGGGCCGCGCCCCGGCCGGAGGGGGCUGCGGCGAGGCCGAGCCGCCGAGCCGCUCCUGUCGCCGGGUCUUGCCUGUAGGACGUCGGGGCCCGCCGCCCGGCUCUCGUGUCCGCGCCGCAGUCGGCGCCCCAUCGUCGGCUCUGACAUGGAGGAGGGGGGAGCUGGUCUGGGAAGCCCCCUCCCGCUCGCCAUGAAGGCAGAGACCGCGACCGCGGCGCAGGAGCCCCCGGCCGGGCCCAGCCUUAGUAGCCGGAAGCUGGUGGCCCUGGGGGCCGUGCUCGGCUGGCUCCUGGUCAUCCAUCUCCUGGUCAACGUGUGGCUCCUGUGCCUUCUGUCUGCGCUGCUGCUGGUGCUGGGAGGAUGGCUGGGCUCCGACGCCAUCGUGGGGCCUUCGGGUCGGCUGCACCUGGAGCGCUUCAUCCCCAUGGCCGUCUGCCCCCCAAACCCCGAGGCCGAGAGGCAGCUGGAGCAGGAGAUCGACCGCACCAUCCGGAUGGUCAUGCGGGACUUCGUGUCGUCCUGGUAUCGCACGGUGAGCCAGGAGCCCGCCUUCGAGGAGGAAAUGGAGGCAGCCAUGCGAGGGUUGGUCCAGGAGCUCCGGAGGAGGAUGGCCAGGGUGGACAGACAUGCUCUUGCCCAGAGGGUUCUGACUCUCUGUGGUUGUCACCUGCAGAGCUAUCUUCAGGCAAAGGAGGCCACGGCAGGGAAGCAGAGUGGCACAGGUGAGCCCUCCCAGCUCUGGGAAGCUUACUGCCAGGCCACCGCCCCACAUCCCGCAGUACAGAGUCCCAGGGCUGAGGUCGCCUACACACGUGGCAUCGUGAACGUGUUGCUUCGAGGCCUAGUGCCAAAGCCCCACUUGGAGACCCGGACCGGCCGCCAUGUAGUGGUGGAACUCAUUACUUGCAAUGUCAUCUUACCGCUGAUCGGCAAGCUCUCAGACCCGGACUGGAUCCACCUUGUGCUAGUGGGCAUCUUUUCCAAGGCCAGAACUGGCCCAGCAGCAGUGGGUAAGCCACUCUGCCCAGCCAGCGCCCUGGAACAGCCCUCAGUGCCCACAUCUCUGCCACUGAUUGUGGAGGUCCAGAGUCUAGCAGAUGCGAGAGCCCCUUCUCCAGCCCCAGUGCUCCUAGACUGUAGUGAGCCUUCACACCCCUCCCCAGAAGUUGAAGAAGGCCACGAAGCCCUGGAGGGAGAUUUGGGGGGAGUGCUAGAAGAGAGAGAAGUAGGAAACAACUCUUCUCACUUCCUGCAGCCUCUGUUCUUGUCCGAAGACGCAGAGCUGGAGUCUCCGUUGUCUGAACUGGGCAAAGAAGCCAUCGUGCUCAUGAACCCAGGCAACUUCCUCUCUGCCAGGAUUCAGGACUCCCUGUGUGCCCUAGGGGGUUCCCAGUCUCUGGAGUCUAAGGAUGAUGAGGGAUCCGAAGGGAUUGAAGGAGCAGAGGCUGAGGAGGGUCCAGGAACAGAAACAGAGACCGGCCUGCUUGUCUCCAUGCUGAAUUCCUGCCCAGAGAUCCACAUUGACACAGCAGACAAGGAAGUAGAGCAGGGAGAUGUCACCUCUCUUACAACUUUGCUGGCCAGUCCAGAGAGGAUGUGUCCCCCACGACCCUCGUGCUUAGAGAAAGAUCUCACCAAUGGUGUGAGCUCCCUAGAUCCUGGUCUCCCACAGGUACUGCUCUCCUCCUCUCCACCUGGUCCCCUCAGCUCAACCACCUUCAGCUUUGAGCCCCUGAGCAGUCCAGAUGGCCCCGUUGUCAUCCAGAACCUUCGUAUUACUGGCACCAUUACUGCUCGAGAGCACAGCGGCACCGGAUUCCACCCAUACACGCUCUACACGGUGAAGUAUGAGACGGCCCUUGACGGCGAGAAGAGCAGUGGCCUGCAGCAGCUGGCCUACCACACCGUGAGCCGCCGUUACCGUGAGUUCCUGAAUCUGCAGACCCGUCUGGAGGAGAAAUCCGGUCUACGAAAGUUCAUCAAAAAUGUGAAGGGUCCUAAGAAGCUCUUCCCAGAUCUUCCAUUUGGAAACAUGGAUAGUGACAGAGUGGAAGCCCGCAAGAGCCUCUUGGAAUCAUUCCUGAAGCAACUCUGUGCCAUUCCUGAGAUCGCUAACAGUGAGGAGAUGCAGGAGUUCCUUGCUCUGAACACAGAUGCUCGUAUUGCCUUUGUCAAGAAACCGUUCAUGGUCUCCAGAAUAGACAAGGUGGUGGUGAGCGCUAUCGUGGACACCUUGAAGACAGCAUUUCCUCGCUCUGAGCCCCAGAGCCCCACAGAGGAGCUGAGUGAGGCCGAGACAGAAAGCAAGCCCCAGCCAGAAGGCAAGAAGGCUACCAAGUCCAGACUGAGGUUCUCAUCCAGUAAAAUUGCUCCAGCACUGAAUAUAACUGAGGCACACGAGAAGAUUCUCUAUUGUCUCCGGGAAGGCAGUGUGGAGUCAGAGAUCCUCUCCAUGUCUGGGAUGGAAUCCUUUAUUGAAAAGCAGACAAAGUUACUAGAAACGCAGCCAGCAGAGGCCCCAGGAAAAGAUUCUGAACACAUCUCCGAGGGAUGUGUGGAUGACUGCGUGUCAGAUGCAGCCAUGCCGGCCCAAGACCUCAGCAACAGUGAUCCCGGAACAGAGACGGAGUUGGCUGACACAGCCCUGGAUCUGCUUCUCUUGCUGCUGAUGGAACAGUGGAGCUGGCUGUGUACGGAGAACGUGCAGAAAGUUAUUCAUCUCAUCUUUGGGACCCUGAUUCAGAGGUGGCUAGAGGUGCAGGUAGCUACUCUGACGUGUCCUCAGCGCUGGGUGCAGUACCUCCGGCUUCUCCAGGAAUCCAUCUGGCCUGGCGGGCUUUUGCCUGAGGGUCCUCGGCCCGCAAGGACCCAGGCGCAGAAGGCGGCUGCUGAGAAGCAGGCUUUGCAGAGCCUGAUGGGAGUCCUGCCAGAUAUCGUGGUAGGAAUCCUUGGGGUGAACAAAUGCCGGCUGAGCUGGAGUCUUGUCUUGGAGUCACUGCAGCAGCCCCUCAUCAACAGGCACUUGAUUUACUGCCUUUGGGACAUCAUCCUGGAAUUCUUGGAUCUCGGUGCCUCUGCUGAGGAGUCCGCCGUGACCAGCUCCGCCGCAGACUCCCCAGGCAGCCCCAAGAAGAUGGGCAUCUCCCCUUAGCCAGAGGUUAUUCACCCAUUUCUUCGAAGACUUGGAAUCCUCAACGCCAUCUGGCAAUUUUCUCUCCAUCUUCCUACCCACGAUGGAGCCACACCCCUCAAACCCCCCUUAAAAGCCAGAUGACAGCAGGAACCUUCCACUGAGCAGAGGUGAAGCCUUAGACGUCUGUCAGCACCCCCGCUGUAAAGAUCUGCCAGCUUCUCAGAUCAGUAUGGGAGGAGGCUGUCUGAGUGGGUUUCAUAGCUGCAGCAGGAACACCGGGCCCCGCCUCCCAUGCCUCUCAGGCUGACCAUCUCAUCGGAGGUGCCGACAUCCCCAGAAGCAGGCCCCAGACUGGCGGCCCUUAGCCAGGACCCAUCUCAGAAGCACACACCCAGCUGGAGCCUCCUGGUUGCUGGGGUGAAAGGACCUCUCUAUCACCACAGGAGGAAUCUGAUGAAUUCUGGACUAAAAAGGGGUGUUGUUUUCCCCCAAUGACAGACGUACUCUCUAGUCCCCAACCCAGCCCCUGGUGAAAGGUGUUUUUGUUUGUCUUUUUUACCUUUUUUAUUACAUUUUGUCUUGUUUAUAAUGCUUACCUGAAGUGGGAGGGAGCAGUAACACCCGAGGAUGUGAAUUAUCUUGCAGUCAGUGGGGGAGAUUCGGCCACCAGCACAUGACAAGGGAAGGUAAGACGGGAGAGGAGCAGAGAGUCAGCUCCCCGGGGACUGGUUAGGUGUUCAGUGGCCGUAACUGACUGUUUCAUCUCACAGGAACACACAACUCCAUACAUGGGUGCGGAUCUCAGUCUUACAGGGAAGCACUCCUUGACACGGGAAAGCAGGUGAUCAAUAGCCCAUGAGACCCCUAUAUAGAUUGUUCCUAUUUAACUCUUCAGGUGUAUACAGGCAGAGAAAGAACCAUUUCAAAGAUGAGCUUUAAAAAAAUCGCCUGACAUUCUUUGGAAUUGUUGUCACAGGGCAGUAUAUGGACUGUGAACAAAUUCCCCCUCACCCCAAAUCCACCCAGAAGGGAAUGGCUGAAAUGGGGAGGAACACACAUUUGCCUGGGCACGGUGACCUUGAACAAACCUCUUCACAUCCCUGGACUUUUCUUUCUUUCUUUCUUUCCAUACAGAGGAGGGGCUGGAUAUUGGAUGAAACCCUGUCCAGCUCUGUCACAUCAGUUAAGAGAGCAAAGACGGUGACUUCCAGUCCCUGGCCAGUUUCUGGAACAGAGAUGAUGCUCUCUGAAUGUUUGUCAUCAAAACGAAUGAAUGAUUAUAUUUCAUCUUGACUCUUAUCUCGGUAGAGAUUUUCUUCCACUUCAUUUGGGUCUCAGUUUGAGGAAAGAAGGAAGGAAGGAAUGAAGCAUGAUGAAAGUGAGGGAGGAAAGAAUGUAGCUUUGACUCUGAGAGGACUGUCUUGACUUUCUCUGGGCUCCUAGAAGAAAAGUCCCUAUCCUCCAUUUUCCCUCUUUAAGCCUGCCAAAAUCACAUGGAUUAAGGCUACCAUACAGCUUUGAGGAAUAAGCCACACCCCCAGACUUCCACAGAGUCCAAGGACCUAUUCAUCCCCGAUUAGCCUGUCUCGGGUUGAUAAUCAAAGUACACACUUUUGGUUUUCAUUUUUCUAGAGUCUUUUCCAUCAGCUCUCCUUCCAUUUUAUCUUUUCAUCAUUCCUCUGAGGAAUGUAAUACUUUACACAUGUGUAGGACUUUCUAAAUUAUGAAGUAUUUCAUACCCAAUAUUUUAUUUAGAUCUUGACAAUCACUUUUUAAGGUAAUUUGGGGGAGUUAUUAGUGUCUUCAUUUUACUGAAAAAGAAACUUUUGCCCAAGGUCAGUCACCCACUUUUUCAAGAGGCAGCAGCACAGGGGUUAAGAAAUAGUUCUGCCGACAGACAACCAGGUGUGAAUCCCAGCUCUGCCACUGAUUAGCUCUGUGUCCUUCAGUAGGUGGUUUAAAAUCUCCGUGCCUUAGUUUUUUCAUUCAUUAAAUGGGAAUAACAUGGCACUCUCGUCACAGAGAACAGGCGGGAGAAGGGGUUAUAUUUAGGAUCCUUAGAACAAGCCCUAGCACACAGUGCGUUAUAAAUGUUUGUCGUUUUCAUUGCCGAAGCCGAGACUAGAACCCGAGUCCCCCAACUUCCAGCUCAGGGAUAUUUCCACUGCCCCCACUGGUGUCAUCCUCAGCGUGCAGACCAGAACCUAAGGCCAUCCACGUUUCAGUGAAAAGCUCAUCCAAGUCUCCGUUUAUUGGGUCCAGAGCUAACAUCUUCUGGAACUCCAUUAAACAAAGCUGCUUCCCGUUGCUCUGGGCAGGGUGUCAACCCUCUAAAGUUUCAAAAGUUUAUAAACCAAGCUCUCUCAUCCAGUAUUACUGACAGCCUGAAGGCAGACACUCCCGCUGUCCUGGGGAAAGGUCUUCUUCCUUCAGUCUUAAGAGACAAGGCUCAGGGUGACUUGUUGCUAUGGUGAUUCUCCUUCCUACCUCCCAGCAUUCGCUCAGGCCAAGUGUCCACUGGAAAAGUCUCUCUUCUCUUCCUUCCUCUUGCCAUUUUCAUCGGUGCCAGACUACUUGAUUCUGGACCAUUGGUUUCUGACUCUCUGAGUACAAGUCUUGUCUUUUGCACUUUUAUUAUGUACUUCUUGCGAGUACGGACUAUGUUGUUUGUGGCUUUGUACACUCCGU